AAUUCAAUGAUGAAAUAAGCGCGACUUUGUGAAGAUGUAGGGGGACGGAUAAUGAUUCUGUACAUCUUCGAUAAAUACUGAAGUAUAAAUAGAAGAAGUCAUUAUCAACGGUGGUGCAGUUGUUAAAAGUGAACUUCAAUCAUGAAGGGAUUUAGGAUUUAUUUAUUUACCUUAUUGGUAGUAGUCGUCUAUGGAAGACCACAAGGACCCGACAAAGAAAUAAAGAUAAUAAGUCAAACAAAUGAAAUUUCUCCCGAAGGAGGGUAUGAGUGGAGCUAUGAAACAGAGAACGGAAUCAAAGCUCAAGAAACUGGAACACUCAAAAAAGGAAAGGGUGGACCAGAUGGUGAAGACGCAGUUGUAGCACAAGGUUCUUAUUCUUAUACUGAUAAGGAGGGAAACCAAAUAUCCGUAGUUUACGUUGCUGACGAUGAGGGUGGAUUUCAACCACAAGGGGCCCAUCUACCAACGCCACCACCCAUUCCACCUAACAUUCAGAAAGCUCUGGACUGGAUAGCUUCACAACCAUCAACCACAGAAAGAGCUGGAAGAAGGCGAAAAUAAGACCACAACGACUAUCUAGAAAAUUCAACAGGACUCAUGACAUUUGAAGACUAGCUAUCAUAAUGGACACGUUAGCUUACCAUUUUUCAACUUUAAUGUUAAAGUGUUUAAUGUAUAUAUUAUUUUUUCCUUCUUCUUCAUAUUUCUUCGAUGGAUGGAAAAAUCGCUCUUUUUUAUUUUCCAUUUGGAAAUAAUGUUCGCUGUCAAUGAUUGGAUGUAGUCCAACGUUACUCCUUUAUCCUUCAUUCUGUGAUAAGAUUUUUCAAUCAUUGACAUCGAAACUGUAUAAAGGUUUGCAUGAUUAUUGACAUUUGUGAAGCAUUUGUACUUAAAAGUAAUAAAUAUCUUGAGCAUCA